GAGAGUACAUGUGGAGAUAUACCUGAACUUCAUUACGGCUCUGUUGCUGAGUCUUCUGCCCCUCCCUAUCGCCAUGGAGAUUCAGUAGAGUUCAAUUGCAAAGAAGAAUUUACAAUGAUUGGACACAAGUCAAUUACAUGUAUUAGUGGAAUGUGGACCCCACUUCCUCAGUGCAUCGCAAAUGAUGAACUUGAGAAGUGUAAAUACAGCUUGACUAGACAAGAAGCAAAUCCAUUAAGUAAGACUGUAUUUGAUCAUAAUGAGAAAAUAAGUUAUAAAUGCAGAGGAACAAUAAAGCAGAAACAUUCAACAUGCAUAAAUGGACGAUGGGAUCCUGAACUAAACUGCACAGAAGUUAGAACGCAGUCAUGCCCCCCUCCACCUCAGAUUCCCAAAGCUCAAAAUAUGGCAACGACGGUGAAUUAUCAGGAUGGAGAAAAAGUAUCUGUUGUCUGUCAAGACAAUUAUAUGCUUCAGGAUGCCGAAGAAAUUGUGUGCAAAGAUGGAAGAUGGCAGUCAAUACCACGCUGUGUUGAAAAACUUGCAUGUCCUCAACCACCUCAUAUAGAACAUGGAACCAUUAAAUCAUCUGAAUUUUCAGAAGAAAGAGAAGAAUCAUCGAAACCUAAGAUUUACCCACAUGGCAGCAAGUUAAAUUACACGUGUGAGGAUGGUUUCAGGGUAUCGGAAAAAGAUGAGAUAAUAUGCCAGAUGGGAAAAUGGAGUUCUCUACCCCAGUGUGUAG